UAAUGGGGAAAGACCUGAGAAAACCCUCGCAAAAACCUUUGCGGCGUCCAUGGCCGUCUCCUCUACCCUACGGCGAGCUCGAUCUCACCCCUCCUGGGCGGCCGCCGCGCGCGGCCUCCUCGCCACCUGGGGCGCCGGAUCCGGCGGCCGCGUUCGUCAUCCGCGGCAUGGCGCCGCGUCCGCGUCGUUGUUCUCAUCGUUGUCCAGUUCUCAGACGAGCGCCGCCGACGCACAGCUCCUCCGGGUCAUAAACAUGGAGAUCUCCUACGCCCAGAAAGAUUGCAAGAAUCGCAACUGGUCAAAGGAAUUAGGUGAAGGCUUUCCUUUUGAAAUCCAAGAUAAGGAUGGUACCAACAUGAUGACGCUUAAGAGGAGUGACCAUAAAGAACAAAUUGAAGUGGAAGUGUUCUUGCCAAGCGCUGUCAAUGAAGCUGAGGAAAAUGGCGAGCCAGAGGAUCAGUGUGAAGAUGGCAAACAUAGAACUCACAUUGGCAAUGGUGUCCCGGCCCAGUACUGUAUCCCUUUGAUAGUGAGGGUUCGCAAAGAAGCAGCUUCAUAUUUGAAAAUCAGCUGUAGCUCUUACCCUAACGAACUCAUCAUUGAGAGCUUGUCGUUUGAACCGAAUGAUGAAUCUGGUGAUUCGGCCAGUCUUGAAGCUAAGUUGAGUAAUCUUCCUGAGGAAUUUCAGAAGGCAGUGUAUUCCUACUUGAAGAGUAGGUGCAUUUCGACUGAUAUUACCGACUUCUUACAUGCGUACAUGAUAAACAAAGAGUGCCAUGAAUACUUGUCUUGGCUGAGAAAAGUGAAGGGUCUGAUUAAAAGUUGAAUAAAAGUGAGGAAUGGGAGCGCCAUCUUGUACUUUUCGUAGUUUGGCCAUGUUUCUUUUCCUUGAAAUUCUGUUUUCACCGGGUUUAGAUGUGCCCAAAGAGAACCAAAAAAAAUUCAAGAACAAGUUUAUCUUGACCAGUUUUGAUUAGCAGCAAUGACCAGUAUUGCAGCCUUCCGCUAA